UGUUGAUUCAGAGCGCUGGCCGAUAAACAUGCCCAAAAAGAACGGAUUCUUCUACUUUAUGCUGGAAUACAAACAGCGUAAACAAGCGGAUGGACGCUCAGUGCUUAGUUUGGCUCUAAUUUCUGCAGAUGCGGGUAAAAUUUGGGAGAAAAUGAACGCCGCACAACGUGAACCAUACAUCCACCGGGCUAAGUCUGUCCAAAAUGAAGGCGGUUUGGAGAAGUUAAACAGUUUAGGAAUAGCAAUUUCCGAGAUUGACAAACAGCUGCGUUCAAAGGAAGAGCAUGUCCAAAUGAUAAACAAGCUCGUGGCGGAUCGGGUAGCGAGAGCCGAAUCUCGGAAAGAAUUGGCAAAAGAAGUGGUGUACAUUAUUUCACUGUCGUAUUUUGGCCAUGCGAUGCAAAAUAAGUACAUUCCGGCCGAACUAGGCGUGGUUAAAUACAGUUUGCAGUGUGGCGUAAUAGAUCGGCUGCACAUGUAUUUCAAUCCAGGUGAAAUACCGCUAGGAGCUGCACAUUCAGUGCUAACCCACACGAAAGAAACACAUCAACUUCCGCUGCCACCGGACGCCUGGGGAACAACGGACAAGAAUGAAGUCGCUGUGGCAUUGAUUAGUUUUUUGGGAGCGGAAAAUGAAAUACCACCGCUGUUUACGGACGAAGAAACAUUACCUAUAGUGGAAGGUAUGCUUCGUGAUUUGCUGGAUGAUUGCAUCGAGAACAAGAUGCUGUACGUGUGUCCCAUGUCAGAGUUGUUAUGUCGCUUGAAACAAGCUACGGAACGACACUUUGAGGGAAAGGCGACCUUUCCGUCCGCCCUAACGGCGCAACAUAUACUAAAAAUGGAUAGCUAUGGUUUCGCAUUAGGUAUCAGCUGCGAAUAUCACGAAAGAGAGUUAAAUGUGUUGAACUGUGCCUUGUCCCAGGCUACGCGAUGGGCGUAUACACUAUCUAAGUAUUGCUGCCUACACAUGGGCAUUGAAUGUGUUCCCGGAAAGCAUAUCCCACCGGAUCCUUCAGCAGGUGACAACAAGGCAUCAAAACCACUGACCACAAGCGAAUCAAAUUCGCUGGAAAAACCUGGAACAUCACAUGAUGCAUCUGCCGGAGACAAAGUAACAUCUUCGAAACAGGCUCCAAACUGGUUCAACAAGAUAAAAAUGCGAUCUGCAUCUAAAGAUGAGUCGUCCUAUAAACCGCUCACAGGUAGUGUGUCAUACAUGCCACAAAAAGGUGGUGUUGUUGCCUAUACCGGCAUCAACCUAGAAACAGACUCCUUUUACGAACAGGAGCAGAACAACGAAAACGUAUUCCCCACAUUGCUUCAGUCCAUGGGACGUUCCGUGAAAGGGCGUGGACAUGCAGAAAAACUUAGUGACAAUUCCCAACAAGCUGUUCGUGGGCGAGGACGUGGACGUGGACGUGGAUACAAUGCUCAACAACGUGGAAAUUAAGGUUGGCGACGGUGUGUUAACAUUUUCUCAUCGCUUCUCAACCUUAAGCCUAAAAUCAAAAUGUAGUUAUCCCUUUUUUACUUCUAUAACAAACAUCUUUUUUUCUAGCUAUGCGUUAUUUCUUGACACAAACAGGAUAUAAUAGUGUACGGUUCUGCCGUUCUUGGGCACCAAAGUUUGUGUUUAACACUUGUUUAAUAAUUACGAUUGCAAUCCCAUACAUUUACAAUAAAUUAUAGUUUAAUACAGUGCAUGCUUUGUGCUGCCUACGCUUUUGGGUUAGAAUACAGAAAACAUUUUCCUUCAGGGGUUUUCGUUGUUAGGUUUAAUUUUUUUUUUCGGCGAUGAUCAAUAUUAUUACAACUAUUAUGAGUGUAACUAGAAGUAACAAAAAAUAAAUCUGUGAAAUAAACUGCAAGUCCAAAUUCUGUGAACAUA